AUGCAUCCUCGCUUUAAUUCUCAUUCGUAUAACCCUAAUGAUCAACUCAAUAUCAAUGGAAUCAAUGGCCAAAAUCCACAUCAGGUUAUUGGGAGCCAAGUUAAUUUUGGAGGUAGCCAAAUGCAAGCUAGGCCUCAAUUUCAAAUGGGUUUGCUCAAUAGUCCUCAGCUAGUUAUGCCACCGUUUGCUAAUAACCUGAAUGCUAGUUUUGCCCCAACACAGUUUUUUCCCUUUGUACGAGGCCCUUUGCAGGCACUCAACGCGAACAAUUUUGCCAGUAGUGCUGUUAACCAGCCCCAAUUCUGGCCUAGUGGGCCUCUAAAUGUGCCGAAUUUAGUGCAAAACCCCAACCAGCUUCUGCAAAUGCAAAUGAUGAAUUGUGGCCCUCAGAACAUGGGUCCAUUUGUAAAUAUAAGGAUGCCUCUGGCGAAUGGCAAUGGGAUUUUGCCACAACCAGUAGAUGGGAGUGGUCUAAGGCCUUUAAUCCACAAUGAUACUGUAGCUAAGGAUUGUGGGCCCGCUCAUCAGCAACGGAAUCAGAAUGUGUUUUCUCCUGGUGCUGCAAAAUUGCAGAGCAAUGCAGGAGUAGUUAAUGGGGAUAAUGACGGGAAGAGUAGCUGGAGUGCAUCUCAUAACAAAAACUUCACUGGAAAUCACAUACAUGAUGCAUCUCAAAGAGGCAGGUUUAACCAGAAGCAAUUUCAUCAUCGAUCAAAUGCACAAGGAAGCUUUAAGUCGAAUAAUGGAAAUGGAGGAAAAGGGAAGAAAGGUAACGGACUGAAGAAUUUUAACUCAUGCAGCCCCUUCAACCAUGUACAACCGAGCAAAAAGAGGUCUCUCAUGCUAAAUUAUUCAGAACAAGAAAUUAAACAGUGGCGUGAAGCACGCAGGAAGAAUUACCCAUCAAAUACCAACAUUGAGAAGAAAUUAAAAGAGAAUCUCACACAGCCGGAGGCCAUGGAUUCAGUUGCAAAGAUGCGACGGCAGCAACUAAAGGAGAUAUUGGCAAAACAAGCUGAACUAGGCUGUGAAGUUGCUGAGGUACCGUCUCAUUACUUGUCAGAUUCUGAGGUACAGACAGACGUUAGGCAUCCAAAUAGCAGGGGAUUUGGUAAAAGAGGAAAUUUUCGCAGCAAAUUCAAUCAAUUUGAUCGAUUCUCUAAGAGACAGAGAUCGGGGAACAUGGAUUCAGAAAAUUCACAGAACCAAAAUGGUCACAUUAAUAAGAAGCAGAGAUGGGCCAAUAAUGGUUGCACGACUAUGCAGCGAGGCCAUACUAAAACGGAGCCAUCUCUGUUGAAAAAACUGUUGAGUUCAGAUAUCAAAAGAGACAAAAGACAUCUACUGCAGGUCUUCAGGUUCAUGGUGAUGAACUCAUUCUUUGAAAAAUCGCCCGAACAAUCUCUGAAAUUCCCGGAAGUUAUCGUCAAGGAAUCGUGUCAUGGAAGUGAGAUUCCAGAAGAGGAACAUAUGGCGGCAUAA